UUGAUAUUGAAAACCUGCUAUCUCAUAUUAGAAGCCUAUCUCAUAAUAGAGGACUUUCCUCUGAUGUUUCAUGAUAUUUUUCUAGAUGACACCUACGAUGUAGCAAACGAAGAGAAGCUGUCGAGCGGUCAGAUAUCUAUAUUUAUCGUCGGUGCAGGUGGUUUUAAAGGAAAACGAUCGUCGACAUUUGCCAUUCCAACCGUUGAUCCUCCCGCACGAAAGCCAGAUGCAACGGUUAUGCAGCGGACUAAUGUUGACCAGGCUGCUUUGUACAGAUUGAGCGGAGAUUUAAAUCCUUUGCAUAUCGAUCCUAAUGUCGCUCUGAUGGGGGGAUUCGAGAGGCCGAUACUGCAUGGACUGUGCUCCCUGGGAUUCUCCGCCCGUCACGUUCUUCAGACUUAUGCUGCUGGAGAUUCACGUUUAUUCAAAUCCAUUAAGGUACGUCUGUCGUAAACUAUGUAUUUCUAU